CCCGGUGAUGAUACAAGCGGACAUGAGGAUAUUACACAAAAACGUGCGAAAGCUGCUGGAAACUUCUAGCAAAACGCCACUCAUUAAUAUCUAACCACUUCUACCAGUAAUCCAGAGAGUGGAAAUAGUUUUACCCUACAGUGCCUGGCAGGAUGUCAGUUAUUGAGGAGGAACGAGUCCGCGGUGGUGUUUUUAAGGACAUUAAUCCAGAAGAUGAAGAUCAGCAACCUACAGUGAUCGAGAGUUUGUGCAUGAACUGUUAUGAAAAUGGAAGUACACGUCUACUGCUUACUAAGAUCCCUUUCUUCAAAGAAAUCAUCAUCAGCUCUUUCACAUGUCCACACUGUAACUGGACCAACACAGAAAUCCAGUCUGCUGGUCGGAUACAAGAGCAGGGUGUGCUGUACACCUUACAGGUGAAGACCAAAGAGGACAUGAACCGAGAGGUUGUGAAGUCUGACAGCGCAUCCACCAGAAUUCCACAACUUGAUUUUGAAAUUCCUGCUUUCACACAGAAGGGCUCUUUGUCAACAAUCGAGGGCCUUCUGGACAGAGCAGUGGCGGGGUUAGAACAAGACCAACCUAUUAGAAAGGCAACGGAUCCAGCUGUAGCUGAAAAAAUAGAGGAAUUCAUCGAGAGGUUGAAAAAACUUAAAGAAGUAGAAGAGGAAUUCACAUUAAUUAUCGAUGAUCCAUCAGGGAACAGUUUUAUUGAGAACCCAUCUGCGCCUCAGAAAGACACGGCUCUCACUGUCACGCAUUACAAAAGGACGCCUGAACACAACGCUGUGCUAGGAAUAGAGACAGAGGAAGAAGAAGAUGACAAAAAGCCUGUCAAUGAUCUAGACACAAUGAGAAAUGAGGUAUUAGUGUUCAACACAAACUGCCCAGAAUGCAACGCCCCGGCCAAUACAAACAUGAAGCUUGUUCAAAUUCCACACUUUAAAGAGGUCAUUAUAAUGGCCACUAAUUGUGACAGCUGCAGACAUCGCACCAAUGAGGUGAAAUCAGGAGGAGCCACAGAAGAGCUGGGAACCCGAAUAACACUCCACUUAACCGACCCUUCAGAUAUGUCCAGAGACCUGCUGAAGUCAGAGACAUGUAGCGUGUUGAUUCCUGAGCUGGAGUUUGAGUUGGGGAUGGCGGCUCUUGGAGGGAAGUUCACUACACUGGAAGGACUUCUCAAGGACAUCAAAGACCUAAUUGUUUCGAAAAACCCCUUCAUGUGUGGAGACAGCUCUACAGCAGAUAGAGCCGAGAAACUGGAGCUCUUUGGGCAAAAGAUUGACAAGAUAAUAGCAGGGGAAAUGGAUGUGCACAUUAUCCUGGAUGAUCCUGCUGGAAAUAGUUAUCUUCAGAAUGUUUAUGCGCCAGAUCCAGAUCCAGAAAUGAAGAUCGAGAAGUACACCAGGACCUUUGAGCAGAAUGAAGACUUGGGGCUGAAUGACAUGAAAACAGAAGGGUACGCAGAGAAAUAGGCUUAAAGUCAGAGAAAAAUGGAGAUUAUAUGUAAUUACAUGCCCAAUUCUGUCAAAGCCGUUAUAUAACAUUAUUUAAAUCACUUUUACAUUUAUUGUAAUAUCUCAUGUAAUUACCACUUCUGAAAACCAUAAUGUCUUUUAAAGGCAGCGUUAUGAUUUGAAGAGGGGAAAACAUUAUUUUGGCUUGAAUAAGUGCAAGGCGCUGAAUUUUCCUUGCUGUCUAUAACAUAAAUU